UGUUUUCCCUGUUGGAUUCAAUGGCUGUCAAGAGUUUCAAUACACCUCAAAGAAAAGUCAGUGAUCCAGAUUUGAUAUACAAAAUAGUUUCAUGGGACCAAGCAGAAGUGGAGAAAUAUCUGACUGAGAAUGGAAUACAUGGGUGUGGAUUUGCAUUGGCAGCAAAUUCGAUUGAUGGAGAAGCCUUCCUUAAUUUAAAUAAUCAAACAUUGGCAAGUUGGGAAAUACCAAUAAUAAAGCGCUCUAAAAUAAUAGCAUUGCUAAAUGAAUUGGGAUCUGAGAGUAGCAGAAAAAGUGCUAUAGUAACAGCACACGUGAGACAAAAAAAAGUAGCUUCCUAUCUUGAAUUUGUACAGAUUCCUACAGCUGCAUCUCCUACACUCAGAACUUUAUGUUCUGGGAAACCAAAAAUUCCUAAAAAACCAAAUUUACCAGUCAUACCUCCUAAACCGCAGCACUUGCAAAAAAAACCUAUUCCAAAAAAGAGCUUGUCAAAAGAUGAAACCCAAAAAUUGGAGAAAAUCCUUGUUCAGGUGUCAAAGGAUGCAAAUAACAGCACUCUUUACUGUGAAUCCGAAUAUGUAGGUCCUGAAAAUACUGAAAUAUGUACGAAGUCGUCCGUUCACAGUGAAUCCGAAUACGUAGAUCCUGAAAAUACUGAAAUAUAUACCGAACUAGACGAGGAAAGCCUUACAAGAAGCACCAUUGACGCUGUUUCGUUUGAAACUAUUCACAAUAGAAGAACCCCGUCUCUAGUGCUUUCACCCGACUGCCAGACGGACGAGUCCUCGUCCGGUGACGACGGGGACGCAUCACUUACCAACGCCUCUUUUGUAGAUAACAAAGUUUCAUCUCCCAAUAAAAGAAAAGUCCGCAAAAAAAGUACUUUUACCAACUGGCGUAGUUUGCUCGAAGAAAAACUUACCCAAGAUCCAUGCGGUACUCCACCUCUUCCGCCCGCUCGAAAUCAGAUUUCCAAUCGAUGCUCAUCGGAGUCAAGUCUCAGUCAAUCAGGAUCCGAGUCUCGUUCUUCACCUGUCCCGACCCCUCGCAAACUAUCUCAGCAGUCCGUUACUUCACAGCUGAGUGUUGCCGAAUCACUUCCGUCGCCAUCGUACCCGCCACCUCCCGUACCCGUCUCAUCUAGACGAAUGACACCUGCUAGCCGGCCGAGUCCGGCUCCACUUCAAUCAAACCCGUUCUUUGGAAGUCAAAUUAUGUUACCUCCGAUUCGCAGGAGUCCAUCACCGUCGACGUCACAACAUACUAGCCCAUCGGGAAGUGCACGCAGUAGCAAUAUAUCAACGGAUUCAGAAAUGGCUAACUAUCCGUGGUUCUUCAAUGUAGACCGCAAAAAAGCCGAAUCUAUAUUGGCACCACUGGGAAACGGAACUUUUCUCAUUCGGCCAUCCAAGCAUGGCGGAGCGAAUGCUUCGUUCACGUUGAGCUUGCAGUUUAACAACCGCGUUUUCCACGUACUGAUACGUUCGAGAGCCGACGGCAAAAUCGCUUUGGGUACCGAAAAGAAGGAAGAGAAUUGUUUCUACACACUGUAUGAGCUAGUUGACUUCCAUUACAACGAAGCAAUGCAGUUACAUUCGGGCUCCAAAGUGACCGGGACAACCCGCCUUACCGGCUGGCCAUCCACCUUCACGUAAGAGAGGAUCUUUAAAUCAUCGGUAUCGAUAGGGCAGAUAGCGGUCAUUAACUUGUCUUUUAAGUUUGACCUUCGCCUCUGUUCUUUUUCUUUUGAAAAACGUUCAAUGCCUACUAGUUACUUGUUCACUAAAUUUAGCUGAUCGGCAUUCGCUGGAAAUUUAUAUUUACUUGGGUGAGAGCAUCACGUGAAGAGGAUCAUAAAUCUUGAAAAAGUAUUAAGAGAAGUGCAGGUAAAUAUCGUUUCGUUUAAUAUUAGCCUUCUUUAAAUGAACUCUCUGCCUGUUUGCUAUUUACUUGUCGCCUUGUAAGAUGUUUACUAUAAUUUGGUAGCAACACCUCACCAUGUAACCGUUAUGAAAUUUGCAGCAGUUGAUGUCGUAUUUUCUGUUUUCCUAUGAACGUUGUCGAAGCCGUUGCGUGUGUUCAGCAUUAGUCACGAUCAAUUGACUGCAACCCUUUUCUCUUCCCACGAUUGCUAGUUUCAUAUUUUUUUGCACGUUUCCGUUUACACGUGCCGAUCGUUAAACUUCCAUUUUUUUUAAGACCCACCAAAGAGUCUUGAAUUAUGUUUUCUCUGAGCACCCUUGUAUAUGGAAAGCAAUAAGCGCGUUCACUUAUUGGGGAUGACACGAAAACAG